AUUACCGACUAAACAUAUGCGAUACGAUACGACACCAAGGGACCUCCGAGUCAUGCGACUCACUCACGAGUCAUGCCAAACAAACACAAUCAUCUUCACCACCACAUCAAACCCUAACAAUAACAUGCACUGAUUUCAUCACAUCCAAUUUCAACAAUUCAACCACCAAUCACCAUGCCUGCUGACGGUGACGCCGAUCGGCAAACCAAUUUACCGUCCUCUCCUCUUCCGGCAACUCCUAUCCCCACCGCCAACGGAAAUGCGAACGGAAUCGGCUCACUUCCGAUGAACUCCAAUUUCCGUCUCCGAUUGAAUCCUCGUCAGGAUCACCAACCGGAAAGCUACGAAGAUCUUCAAUCGGAGUUCACGCCUCUGCUUUUCAGCUCUCUGGAGCGGUACUUGCCGCCGAAUUUGUUGAAUGUUACUCGAGACACGAAGCAUAGGUACAUGCGAGAGGUUUUGCGUCGUUAUUCGACCGAAGGGGAGCGUAAUCGAGUCCAGAAGCACAGAGAAUACAGGAUGAGAAUUAUAUCCAACUAUCAGCCUCUAUAUAGAGACUUGUAUAAACUGAACGCCACAAACUUUUUUACGCCAUCAUUCAUAAAAGCAUUUAUGGUCGGCGAUCACAUCAGAGACGAAAGUAUUAAAAGUAUAAUGUCCGAACCUGCUCCCGGAGUCUAUACCUUCAAUAUGCUGCAGCCUCAUUUCUGUGAAAUGUUGGUAGCUGAGGUAGAAAAUUUUGAGAAAUGGAUUCUCGAAACAAAAUUCAGAGUUAUGCGCCCAAAUACGAUGAACAAAUUUGGGGCUGUUCUUGAUGACUUUGGAAUGGAUGCUAUGCUGGAAAAGUUAAUGGAAGAUUUCAUACGCCAUAUCUCAAAAAUUUUUUUUGCUGAUGUUGGAGGAUUUGCACUUGAUUCCCAUCAUGGAUUCGUGGUUGAGUAUGGUUUCAAUAGAGAUAUUGAAUUGGGGUUCCAUGUGGAUGACUCAGAGGUGACGUUGAACGUAUGCUUGGGCAAGCAGUUCUCCGGUGGAGAACUGUAUUUUAGAGGUGUUCGAUGUGAUAAGCACAUGAAUACAGAAGCACUGCCUGAGGAGAUCUUUGAUUACUCUCAUGUCCCGGGUCAUGCAAUAAUACAUCGAGGUCGCCAUCGGCAUGGUGCCAGAGCUACUACAGCUGGCCAGAGAAUCAACUUACUGCUUUGGUGCAGAAGUUCUGUAUUUAGAGAGUUGAGAAAACACCAAAAGGGUUUUGUAAGCUGGUGUGGAGAAUGCCAAAGGGAGAGGAGAGAGCGCCUUCAUCAGGCUGUCACUGCAAAAAAAGUGGAGUUGUUUAGAGGUCAAGGAGAAGCUGCUUCUUGAUUAGAUAGUGUAACUGGUUAAGUUUGCUAUUGUUGUGUUGCUAGGUCAGUGUACAUUUAGAACCUAUUUAAAGCCCGAAUCAAAUUAGUUGGGCCCGUUAGCGUGAUCUUGUCUCAGCCCGUUAGCAUGAACUCUGUUUGGGUUUUGAAGUUAAGUUAUUUCCAGUCAUGCCUUCAAACAACAAUUGAUAUCUUUGAUAUUUUUAUGAAGCAAA